CGCUUCUCUGAUUGGCGGAGCGGUAACGCGUGCAUAGUAACAGUUGCUACGGGCGGUAAUUCUCGCCUUUCUACUUCCGCGUUUGUUCCCGGUUGUUCUAUGCGCUGUGAAGUGUCCGGCAUAGAGACACUGGCAGGUGACAGAGGACAGAAUUUCUUGACUUGAUCAGAUGGUCCAAUGAUGUUAUCCUCAUCCUGCUCUCACAGGUUACUGUCCCUGCUGGACCAGGCUCUUCUUAAGUGCAAAGAAGAAGAGAAACAACUUGAACAACAGCUCAGGCAGUGGCGGGUACUUCUAGACAACUGGGAUGUUGACAAUUGUGAGCCAUCAAAGCUGGAUGAUGUAUCAAGCAAGCCUCAAGAGACCCAGCCAUCACCGGAGGAUCUACAGGAGGUGGAACUGCUGAACAAAGCUUUGCAGAAAGCUUUAAGAGUGAGAGAAACCAGCAAGACAGACUUGCCUGUUAAUAAAACUCCAGCGCCGCCUUCUUGCUCAGUGACCAAAGAAAAGACCAUUGAACCUUUAAAUAAACUGAUGCAGAAAGGAACAAAGCCUAUGACCUACCAGCUUAACCCUCCAUACAAAACCAUUCCCGACAGGAGAAGGGUCCAGCAACCCAGGCAAAGAUCAUCUAUCAAGAAGUCUACAAGUGCAACUCCUUCAAAGCCACCAGCUACUAAACACAGCAGCAGCGGUGACGGCGGGCAACUAGAUACGGAAAUGAGCACCACUGGACCAUGCACUGCACCGGCAAAACCAAUGUCACCACCAUCCACAGUUUUGCAUUUGGACAAUUUUCAUGCAAAAAGACCUUGUACUUUAAAAGAAAAAGGAGCAACUCUGAAACUACCAGCAGAGUAUCAGCAGGCUUACAUGAAGAGCAACAGACUAUGGGAGAAGUUCUGUGCCAUUCAAGACAAUCUUCCUGCUUCCAGACCCUCAUUUAUACAGAAGCUGCAAACAACUUUUGCUCCCGAAUCUCCCAAGCUCAGCCUUUUCGAGAUUGAGGAAGAGACGGCGCGCUUGCAGAGAGAGGUCAGAAGCUGGCAGCAGAACGUAGACCGCGCCAAUAACUGGCAAGGAACAGGUCUGGCGCGAUGGCAGAACUACCGCUCUCUGCUGCUUUUGGAAGCUCUACAAGAAGAAGUGGCCAAAUACCAAUCGGAGCUGCAGAAUCUCCAGCUGGUGGCUAAAGAAUAUAGGAAUUGGGCAGAAAAACAUUCCAUCAAUACCACUUGCCUAGUGCAAAAAGGCUGCCCUACUGUGUACAGCAAGUCUCCUCCUGUGCUUGUUUAUAACCAUCUGAGGGAGCUUCAUGAGCUGACCUGCAGCCGGCUGAGAGUGCUGGAGCUACAGCAGAAGAUUCAUGUGCAGAAGGUGCUCGGUGAAGAGCUGCUCAUCGAAGCAGAAUCCUGGAGUCAGAGUGCCCCGACCUGCCUGCUACUACGAGCCAUCUACACCCAGCUGUGUGAGGGGGGAGACACCUUCCCGGUACUGGUGCAGGACGAUGGAUAACGCCAAGCGAGAGGAAUGCACAGGACCGGUCUGUGUGUCUGAUCCCCUCUUAUCCUUAACCCUCACCCAGAUGGAGUUCACCUUGUGUAUUUUGUGGUCUCGUAGUUUAUUUAAGGCUGCAGUGCCGUGACAUCUGCGGUGGUGGAGUCCUUCUGCAGCUCCUAUUUCACUGAUUUCCGAUCCCCGGCUGAUCAGGCAGGUCCUGCUCUGACUCCUCGUUUCAGACCAGGGUAGGUACUAUCAGGCUAGAUAGUUAGCCCCCAUAUGGUAUUGUAAUGAACAUACACUCUUCUCAGCAAAAGUAUACAAAGAAAGCAAAAACACCACAAUAAUGUUUAGCAAGCAACUACAUAUAAGGACAUCAUUAUUUAAAAGCACUUACUUCUAAGAGCAAGACUUCUAUUAUAAACGCCCCCAAGGAUCACAGGUAUGGAAGUCACAAGUAAGUAAAUCCACAGUGGAUGAGUUACCACACAAUGAAUAUGCUCAGUACAUUACCGGCUGUAGUUGCUAUGAUGUCCGUCGCGUUGCUGCGAAAUAGAACAAUAUGAUCAGGAAGCCAACCAAAUGAAGAAAAAAAUUAUAAAUAAGGGAUAUGAGGAGGAACAACUUGAGAACACACAAAAUAAGAUACGGGAGACCAGGAGGGAACCCUUAAUAUCAAAAGAACAGACUAAUCAACCUCAUGCAGGAAAUCUGGAUGAUGAUCGUGAUCCAAAAAUCAAGAUACCAAUCAUCACCCGUAUUUGAACAGCCAGGGUUCCCUAUUGCAAAGAAGUGUUAUUUUCAGCUGUUCUAACCCUCCCCCAGACCUGCUCUUAAGAUACUUGCAUCUAUAGUUCACGAUAUCCAAAUCUACCAUGUAACAUAAAAACAUAUGCAACAUUUUCAUCAUCCUUGGCUCCAAUGCAAAAUCUAUAACUGGAUCCCUCAAGCAUUGUGCAACUGGUGUCCUCAGAUGUGGUAAAGGAGUUGUUGCCCCUAGUUCAUCUCUUCUUGGAACCACUGGGUUUGGGCCCUCUAAGGUGGUGGGCCUCUUUGCAGCUAUUAUGGCAUUAUAUCACCCAAGGGAAUGACAGCUGUUCUUUCUGUCUAAGCACUACCAGGGGUGCCCGAGUGUCCAGUGGAAAAAUGGAUGAUUUGUUUAUUAUUUUUUUAUUUCCCCCCCUGGCCGGAAGGGUCAGCAGUGAGUCGUCAGCAGAGAGACUAGGAGAAUACAUCUCUGCACCAUUCGCUCAUCACUGGCUACAUUUCUCUUUGUUGUUAUUUGUGGAAAUUUCCAGCCUUGUAUAAUUGUUACCGAUUACAAAAACAUCACUAAAUGCAAUGUGCCAGGAGGGGGGGGGGCACAGGAAAGGGUUAAUGAGAGCGUCUGGGAGUCUCGCCCACCAUCCUGUACUUCCACCAAUAAGCAGAAAGACUGGAGAGAAGCAGGGAGCAAAAGAGACAGAGAGAGAGAGAGAGAGACAGAGUCAGAGAACUAGCAGAGGAAAGAGAAGAGCAAGGAGAAUAAGACGUCUUUGAAAAGAACUGGAGACCAGAGCAAGCACGAAGGCUGAGAAGGUAGAAGGAAAGAGGCAAAGACGACCCAGGGAGCCUCAGACUGCAAGACACCACCAGAUCAAUAGAUGACAGAAGGCGAGCAGGUGAUGAGCAGCAAGUGGGAAGCAGACGAGAAGCUGUAAGGUUGUAGCAUCCGAGAGAUCUCCUUCACAAUAGAGGGGAAUCUGCUUCUUCCGAAUUCCAUUGAAGAGGAACCCAGUACUCUACUGCCUUUAGAGAGUGAAACCGGUGGGGAGGGGACCUUCUUUUUUUCCACUCAAAAGACUAUGACUGUCUGUAAGUCUAACUCUUUAUCAUGCCUACAGGCUGCCAAGCCAGGCCCGCCGCCACCACCGACAGGUGAAGCAGCCACAGACUCAACGGCCACCCUCAACAAGCUGGCACUGGCCACAGGUGGUGCAGAAAAGUCCUGGCAUCGCUGCGUCUUUCCCUUUGGGGCAGUGGCUUUAGUGAUUGGUAUUGCUGCCACGUGUAUCACCUUCAAAUUUCGAGGGCCACAUAUGGACAUAGCAAAGGCGGUGUCGGUGGCAGCACUGGCUGCAGGGGCAGCUUUGUUGGUGGCAGCCUUUCUGUGCUGGAGAUCCCGGAGAGAACGACAAAGAAGAAGGCGAGAGGAGGCAGAAGCAGAGGAACAGGGGGGACUGUAACUGGAUUUCUUGUUGUUUUUUUUUUUAUGCAGCAGGGACAAACGGCGGUACUUAGUCCUGUAGUAGAGCCUCAGACAAAGACUCAUCAGAUAAUUGGGGGUCGUAGAGUACUGAAUGGUUUCAGAGGAAAGCGUGUAUUGUACCCGCAGUGCACAAUAACGUGUGUACUUACUGAUGUAGAAGGUGGGUGAUAUCAUGACUUUCAUUAAUGUUAUAAAUAAUGUCAGAAACAUGAUCAUGUCAACAUUAUCCAAACGCCUUGGAAAACGUGAAUUAUUUACGCGCUCAGUGCUCAUUAUUCAGCGCAAGGGAAUGUGGUGUUGUUGGCCAUGUCUUGACCGGCAUCCCCCGAAAACUACAUAAUCACCCAUUAGAUAUGAACUUAACCCACCAGUGCCUGCACCUCUGACCUAAGAGCUAGUCAUGUUACAUGGAUGAUGUUCACACCAUCCUCGUUUCUGACAUUAUGCAUAACAUUUUGAGCCAGCAUAUUCCGUACAUUGACGUAACUUAUAUGCAUGUUGUGGGCAAAUCUACGAGGUUCUCUCCUCACAUCAUAUCAUUGCAUUUUUUGUGAAGGCUCUUGGGUCACCGACAAUUCAAGUCCUUCUGGAGAAGACUGAAAAUGCUGCUUUUGGGGUGAACGUGGGCUGCGCUACAAACUGUGAGUGCCUUAUUGCCCUUUCGAAGGACGUUGCCUGCAUUUCCCACCCCACCUCGCUUGCCCUCUGAACAGGACUCAGACUAAUGUUGUUUUUGCUCUGCGGAAUCUCCAGCUUUCUCAGAAGUGGCCUUAAUAUCUCUUACCCAAGAGGCAUCAGACUGAGUGUUUCUUCAUGUGACUCCUGAGAAGGGAACAUUGACAAUCCUCUUGGUGAUCAUGGAACAGUGGCUUUGUCUACCUGGAGGACAAUAUGAUUGGCGUCACCAUUCUGUCCUAUGUAUGCAAACUACAAAUACCCGGGACUGUAUAUCUUUUGUACGGGGGUAGAAGUCCCUGAUAAAUUGUUAUGUGUUUCAGCUGA